AUGGUUUCUGCUAAUAUUGCUUCAGUGAUAGGUGUUCCUGAAGGUGUCAUCAAACUACUGCUGUCGAUUUUGAUAGGCUAUCCUCUGGCAUUACUACACAGGCUUCCACUUUUUUACUCUGCUCCAUCGACUUUAAAACACCUUGUGAUCUUCAUAGAGGGCGCCUCGAUUUGCUACUACAAUUUUGGAAUUGAUACAGUACACAUGUGGCUUAAUGUGACAAUCAUCUACUUGGUUAUUCUCUUGUGUGGAGGAUCAAAGUUCUCGGUGAUAUUUGCCUUUGUUUUCAAUACGUGUUACCUGGUAAUAGGUUACUACACUCAAGUACCUUUCCAAGACUUUGGGAUCUCAUGGACUAUGCCACACUGUGUACUUACCCUUCGGCUGUCUGGGGUUGCCUUUGACUACUAUGAUAGCAAAAGGAAGACGGCAGACAAAGAUGUACUGUUGUCAGAAAAACCUGGCUAUAUCGAGAUGCUUGGUCACUCAUUUUUCUUUGGUGGUGUCCUGGUAGGACCACAGUUUUCUCUGAAAAGAUACUUGAAUUAUGUGAAUGGAGAAUAUGCUGACAGGAAGAUUAGUGGAGCCUCCGAUAGCAUCCGGACCAGCCUGGAGAAGCUGAUGGUCGGCAUGUUUUACCUAGCCACAUUUCAACUGUUAGCACUGUAUAUACCAGACAGCUAUUUAACUUCUUCCAGUUUUCACGAUCUGGGAUUUCUUACAAAAUGUGCCUUAAUAACAAUUUGGGGAAAGAAUGCUUUACACAAAUAUGUAGGUGUGUGGUUGAUACAGGAAGGCAGCCUCAUUCUCACCGGCAUGAGCUACAAUGGGGUUGAUGAGAAAGGCCAAGCAAAAUGGGAUGGAUGCACAAACAUAAAAGUCUGGCAACUGGAGACCGGAGAGUCUUUCUCAGAUUUUAUCCAGUCUUUUAAUGUGAAUACUAAUCAGUGGAUGGCCAG